AUGUCGGCUUUGAACAAAGCUCACGCUGAGAACAUUCGAAACGCGCUAUUGGAAGCUGUUGUAAAGGCCGCAGAGCUCGCUUCUUCCCUUCCUUCCUUGGAAUCGAGCAACUCUUCGUUUGACACCGAUGUGGACUCGCCCAUGCAGGAUGCCGAUGUUCCCCCUCAACGUCCUUCUGUCCUCUCGUCAAAUACUGACCCCGAGGAAGCAAGACUAGAAGCUCACGAGCUUCCAAAGUACCUUUUGGCCAAAUCUUAUUUUGACUGCCGCGAGUUUGAUCGAUGUGCCGCUGUAUUCCUGCCCUUGAACAGCUCACCAAAUUCACUUACCCCCAGAUCGCCCAAUUCCAUCAUGCACCAGAGCAAUAAGGCAGCUAAAGGGAAGUUCAAAGAGUCCAGUCAGGGUUCGAGGCGUAAGUCGUCACUACCUGGCAAUGCAUUACCCUCCUUGAGCCAAAAGUCAUUAUUUCUCGCUCUUUAUGCAAAGUACAUGUCCGGGGAGAAAAGGAAGAUGGAAGAUAGCGAAAUGGUACUUGGACCAGCUGACGGUGGCUCUACAACCAAUAAGGAGCUUUUUGGACUGGCUCGAGUACUUGAAGACUGGUUCGCAGAUCGAGCUUCAAGGGGACUGGAUGACAGGACCCAAGGUUGGAUGGAAUACCUGUACGGCAUGAUCCUUGCGAAAAGCAAGACGGAAGGCAGUGCAAGAAAGUGGCUGGUCCGCAGUGUCAAUCUCUUCCCUUACAAUUGGGACGCUUGGCUUGAACUUGGAGAGCUAGUAAAUAAUGCCGAAGAGCUUCAGGAGCUUGAGCCAGCUCUGCCUCGAAACCUGAUGACCUUGAUUUUUCGUCUGUAUGAGAGACAGGAACUUUAUCAAUCUAACGAAGCCAUCCACGGGGAGCUGAAUGAGUUAGAGCGGGUGUUCACUGACAGCGACUUCCUAAAGACACAACGUGCGUUACUCCACUACCACGACAAAAACUUCGAUGAAGCGGAUGCAAUUUUCUCAGCACUGCUUACCACUUCUCCACAUCGUAUUGACUACCUCGAUCAUUACAGCAAUAUUCUUUUCGUGAUGUCAAAUAGGCCAAAACUUGCUUUCCUUGCUCAAAUAGCUACCGCCACCGAUAAAUUCCGGCCGGAAACUUGCUGUGUGAUUGGCAAUUACUACUCGUUGAAGUCCGAGCAUGAAAAAGCUGUCAUCUAUUUUCGGCGGGCAUUGACCCUAGACCGCAAUUUCUUGUCUGCUUGGACGUUGAUGGGCCACGAAUACGUUGAAAUGAAGAACACGCACGCUGCCAUCGAGUCUUACCGACGCGCUGUCGAUGUCAACCGAAAAGACUAUCGUGCCUGGUUUGGUCUGGGUCAAACAUAUGAGAUUUUGGAGAUGCAUUUCUAUGCAUUAUUCUACUUCCAGCGUGCUGCAAGUCUACGGCCAUCAGACCCGAAGAUGUGGCAAGCUAUGGGACAAUGCUAUGACAAAAUCGAUCGACCAAUGCAGGCGGUCAAGGCCUACAAGCGCGCCUUGGCCCAAGGGUCAUACUAUGAGACUUCUUCGUCCUUCGGGUCUGGAUCUAGCGGAGAGCGCGUUGCUGGAGCAAUGGAUCCAGAAAUAUUGUUUCAAAUCGCUUUGCUUUACGAACGGCUCGAGCAACUCAAGGAAGCGGCGUCAUACAUGGAGCUUACCAUGGCCCAGGAAAACCCGCCGGUUGAUGAUGAGGAUGACCAAUUGGAUGAUGAGAGCAGAAGCGGAGGCAACGGCCCCACAGGCACCACCAGCAGAGCCAGAAUGUGGCUUGCUAAGUGGGAGCUGGCUCAAGGUGGGUGGCAGAGGGCUAUAACAUUAGGUGAAGAGCUGUGUGAAGAUGGCGUGGAGAUCGAAGAGGCGAAAGCUAUCAUCAAGACCGCAAGAGAUAGAAUCGGUGCACAGCGUGAAGAGCACACACUGACAGCAACAAGAGGAAGCACGAGAGGGACAGGCUUCAAUUACAAAUCCAUCGCUGACCUUGACCAACUCACCCUUGCCUGCGGUGGCGCUUCCAGGGAGGCAGUUGCGUUGAGCCUAUCCUCAAUCCUUACGAAGCGCAAAAUGGAUACCCAACGACCUUACUCUUUGAGCGUGCUCGCACCAGACCCAGAUGCGCGAGAUGACUCCAGAGUUCAAAUACAGCAGGAAUUGCGUGACUUCGUCCUCGAGUUUCGGCUGGAUAAUGCAUUCAUCUAUCGAGAUCAAGUUCGAGAGAACGUACUCGUCAAGCAAUUCUUUUGCGAUGUAGACAUUGCACACAUCAUCUCAUACAACGAAGAAUUAGCCCACAAGCUUACCACUCAGCCAGCAGAGAUCAUCCCACUCUUCGAAGCGGCACUUAAAGAAUGUACACAUCGAAUCGUGUUCCCCGCCCUAAAAGCCAGCGAAAUAGAUAUACCCGAACACCAGCUUCUUCUCCACUACUCCUCAGUCUCUCAGAUCUCUAUACGCGAUCUUAACGCUACCAACAUCUCCCAUCUCGUACGCAUUCCGGGCAUUGUCAUCGGUGCUUCCACACUUUCCUCAAAAUCGACUGCCCUUUACAUACAAUGCAGAAACUGCCAGCAUCCAGAAACAUUGAGCGUGAGUGGAGGAAUAUCAGGUAUUUCGCUCCCAAGAGUUUGCUCACGAAAACGCACUGCUGGUGACCCGACGGACAAAUGCCCCUUGGAUCCCUACUUCGUUGUACACGAGAAAUGCCAGUUCAUAGAUCAACAAAUUUUGAAAUUGCAAGAAGCGCCCGACCAAGUACCUGUGGGUGAACUGCCCCGGCACAUCAAGAUCUCCGCCGACCGAUACUUGACUAAUCGCGUUGUCCCUGGAUCAAGAUGUACGGUGAUGGGUGUGUUCUCCAUUUAUCAGAACAAAGAGUCAAAAUCUUCCGGAAACUCAGCCGUGGCCAUUCGGACCCCAUACCUUCGAGCCGUUGGAAUUACUACUGACGUCGAUCAUACGGCCAAAGGAAAUGCUAUAUUUUCGGAAGAAGAAGAGCAAGAAUUUUUGGAAAUGAGCAGACGGCCGGAUCUGUACGAGCGAUUCGCCGAGUGCAUUGCUCCCUCUAUCUAUGGGAAUAAAGACAUCAAGAAAGCGAUCGCUUGCCUGUUGCUAGGAGGCUCUAAGAAGAUUUUGCCCGAUGGCAUGAGAUUAAGAGGCGAUGUCAAUGUUCUUCUUCUUGGUGAUCCCGGUACAGCAAAGUCACAGCUCUUGAAAUUUGUCGAAAAAGUUGCCCCUAUAGCCAUCUACACAUCUGGUAAAGGAUCUUCGGCAGCUGGUCUUACAGCUUCUGUGCAAAGAGACACGAACACGCGCGAGUUCUACCUCGAAGGUGGUGCUAUGGUCCUCGCCGAUGGCGGGGUAGUCUGUAUAGACGAAUUUGACAAGAUGCGAGAUGAAGACAGAGUAGCCAUACACGAAGCAAUGGAGCAACAGACAAUAUCAAUUGCAAAGGCCGGCAUAACGACAAUCUUGAACGCAAGGACAUCAGUCUUGGCUGCGGCAAAUCCGAUCUUCGGUCGUUAUGACGAUCUGAAGUCGCCUGGCGAAAAUAUUGACUUCCAAACGACCAUUCUCUCCCGGUUUGAUAUGAUCUUCAUCGUACGAGACGAGCAUGAGAAAGGGAGAGACGAACGCAUAGCGAAGCACGUCAUGGGCAUCCAGAUGGGUGGACGCGGUAUGGAGGAGCAGGUGGAGGCUGAGAUUCCAGUGGAGAAGAUGAAGCGAUAUAUCAGUUACUGCAAAUCACGCUGUGCGCCCCGCCUCUCCCUCGAAGCCUCAGAAAAGCUCUCCUCACAUUUCGUCUCCAUCCGCAAACGGGUCCACGCCGCAGAAAUCGCUUCGAAUACACGCUCUUCUAUCCCCAUCACCGUCCGUCAACUGGAAGCCAUCAUCCGUAUCACCGAAUCUCUCGCCAAACUGUCUCUCUCUGUCACGGCAACCGAAAGUCACGUCGAUGAAGCCAUCCGUCUCUUUCUAGCCUCGACUAUGGAUGCUGUGACUCAAGGCGAGGGACAAGGGAGCAGAGAGUUGAUGGAGGAGGCUGGCAAGGUGGAAGAGGAGUUGAGAAGGCGGUUGCCGAUAGGGUGGAGCACGAGUUUGGCGACCUUGAGAAGGGAGCUGGUGGAUGGACGAGGGUACAGUGAGGGUGCGCUCGCGCGGGCGCUGAUGAUGUUGCAACGGCGGGAGAGUGUCCAAAUACGGAAUGGGGGAAGUCAGGUGCAUCGGGCUGGUCCUUGA